CCGCUGACCUACUACAGCGCCUGGUUCUGCCCCUUCGCGCACCGGGCGACGAUCGCGCUGGAGCACCACGGCAUCGACUACGAGUGGCGCGACGACUGGUGGUACCACUGGAAGCACCCCGACCUCCUCCGGGCGAACCCCGACGGCAUGGUGCCGACGAUCACGUCGGCCGACGGCCGUUUGGUCGUCACGGAGUCCAUCGUCUGCUGCCAGUUCGCCGACGGCGUCGCGGCCGCGCGCGGCGGCGCGGCGGCGCCGCUCGUGCCGGCGGACCCGUGGGAGGCGGCGCGCGCGCUCGUCUGGGCGAGCCGCGUCAACACGACGGUGACGUCCGAGUACUACAAGUGCCUCGUGCGCACCGACGAGACGGAGCGGCGCGAGGCCUUCGACCGCCUCGUCGAGGGCCUCGCGCACUUCGCGGAGGCCAAGCGCGGCACCUUCUUCUCCGGCGAGGGCCUGGGCAUCGUCGACUGCGUGCUCCUCCCCUACGCGUUCCGCCUCUACGUGCUGGAGCACUACCGGGGCUUCGCCGUGCCCCGGGACCGGCCCUGGUCCGACGCCUACUUCGCGUGGCUCGACGCCGCGACGGGCCUGCCGAACGUCGCGAAGACGCUCCCGGACAAGGCCAAGUACCUCAAGCACGUCGCCAAGUACGCCCACGGCGCCGCCCGCUCCAAGGUCGGCAACGCCGUCCGCCGCGGC